AUGUUUAGACAAGUAACCAAAAGAGGAUUCCAGGUUCCUCGCUUGACCAGAAGCUACAUUGCCGGUCAGUUCACUGGCCAGAAGAAGGCUAAUGGAAAAUACACCGUCACGUUGAUUGAAGGUGAUGGAAUCGGAGUGGAAAUUUCUCAAUCGGUUAAAGACAUUUAUGCUGCUGCUGACAUUCCCAUCGAAUGGGAACCGGUCGACGUGACUCCUCUCUUGAUCGACGGCAAGACCACAUUGCCCCAGCCUGCCAUUGACUCGGUUAACCGUAACUUGGUGGCAUUGAAAGGUCCUUUGGCUACUCCCGUCGGUAAGGGCCACACAUCAAUGAACUUGACUUUGAGAAGAACUUUCAACUUGUUUGCCAACGUUCGUCCUUGUAAGUCCAUUGUCGGAUACGACACUCCAUACGAAAACGUGGACACCGUGUUGAUCAGAGAAAACACCGAAGGUGAAUAUUCGGGAAUAGAACAUACCAUUGUUCCCGGCGUGGUUCAAUCGAUCAAAUUGAUCACCAAGCCAGCGUCUGAAAAGGUGAUCAGAUACGCCUUCGAGUACGCCAAGAGCAUCAACAAGCCUCAUGUGUUGGUGGUGCACAAGGCUUCUAUCAUGAAAUUGAGUGAUGGUUUGUUCGUUUCCACCGCCAAGGAAAUUGGUAAGGAAUACCCCGAUGUCAAGUUGGACUACGAGUUGUUGGAUAACACCUCGUUGAAGUUGACUGCUGACCCAAGUGACUACAAAGACGUGGUGAUGGUUAUGCCUAACCUUUAUGGUGAUAUCAUGUCCGAUUUGUCUUCGGGUUUGAUUGGUGGUUUGGGAUUGACUCCUUCCGGAAACAUGGGUAACAAGGUUUCUAUUUUCGAAGCCGUGCAUGGCUCUGCCCCUGACAUUGCUGGAAAGGGCUUGGCUAACCCCACUGCGUUGUUGCUUUCAUCUUGUAUGAUGUUGAGACACAUGUCUUUGAACGCCGAAGCCGACAGAAUCGAGAGUGCCGUUCUUAAAACCAUUGCUUCCGGCCCUGAAAACAGAACCGGUGAUUUGGGUGGAUCUUCCAGCACCUCCAACUUUACCAAGCAAGUGAUUGCCAAUUUGUAG